UCUAGUCACUUUAUUUCAGUCUCUUAUGUCAACUCUAUCACGGUAUCAUUUACGUGUUGACAACACUGAGCGCGAAACAUUGCGUACAGUACGGUAAGUGUGUGCAAAAGUGGGUGUGAAGUGAAGAUGUUCGUGCUCUCCGUGAUGGUGUUGUUUCUCCACGUGAAAUGUGCUUUUGUUGACGCGGGUACUCCGCCCAACGAGACACACUACUGCCACAUCAAGACUUCGCAUGUCGAAUCAACGGUGUACUGCAAGGGCGCACCAAACGUGGAGAAACUACGUCGGGAUCUAAAGGAGCUCAAUAUACCUCGCCCGCAUUCGUUGGUGAUAACCGGUGUCAACAUGCCGACCUUGCCAGGAUUUUUAUUCGUCAACCUUACAGUGAACGUGCUGAGAAUCCUGCGCUGUGGGAUAGAAUCGCUUCACGCCGAUUCGCUCGUUGGCUUGGACAAUUUAGAGUUCUUAGACAUGUCGAAGAACGGUCUCACAACGAUACCCCCCGCCUUCGCUGCCUUAAAAUCGUUGCAGGUGCUUUAUCUCACUUCCAACAGGAUAACAACGAUUGGUAUCGAGCUGGCGCAUUUGCAUGCGUCGCUGACAAAAAUAAACCUGCACGGAAACAUGAUUUCAUCGAUUCAUGAAGACGCACUGAAGAACAUGAGCCAUUUGCUGAGGUUCGUCGCUUCUCGCAACGGGAUCACGAGUAUUCCGAAGACCUUAUUUCGUACAGCGCCCAGAUUGCAGCAGAUCGACUUGCGCUGGAAUCUAAUCGAAGAUGUGGAGUCUCUGUUUGAUGGGCUUCUGGAGUUGCAUACCCUGAAGCUGGAAGAAAACCGCAUCAGCCACAUCCGCAGCCUCUCCGCCACCAACCUCCCCUCUCUCGAGUCGCUGAGCCUCGACUUCAAUCCCAUCGACACCUUCACCUUAUUCGACUCCAGAAACGCGGCCAUCGAAAGCCUCAGCCUUCAGCACUGCAACAUAUCCGAUGCCGCUUCCGUUCCGUUCUCGUGCAUCGACAGACUGCGGUUCCUGAAGCUAAGUUACAACCGAAUCAGACACAUCGACGUCAACUCUUUUCCCAAGUCCGUAAACACCUCAAACUACGAGUCUUUCACCAGGCGGGAUUUGAUUCCGUCUAAAUGUAACGCUGGAAACGAAACGAAGGCUGGCAUUUUACUGGUCAUCGACAUCUCCCAUAAUUACAUCGACGCAAUUAAUAACGCAUUUCACGGCCUUCAACUACUCGAACAGCUGGACAUCGACUACAAUCAACUGGAGCACGUGCCCGAUGAUGCGUUCAAGACAAACAUCAAUUUGAAACAGUUGAAUAUGGGUUCUAAUAAAAUUUCCUGGAUCGGAAAGCUCGCAUUCACGGGCCUCGGAAGCCUGGUAGAGUUGAAAUUAACGAGCAAUCGGUUGACAACGUUGAACGGUUCGCUAUAUUUCAUGCCCAGAUUGAGGUCUCUGUAUCUCCGUGAUAAUCAGCUGCUGUCCUUGAGGGAAAACGAUUUUGGAAGACUUCCACGGCUGGGGUUGCUGUACGCAGAAAGAAAUAACAUCAGCGAUGUUCGAGGCGCGUUCAAAACUAUUGCGUCUCUCGAGCAUUUAUGCUUGCACGGCAACCACUUGACGGUGAUUCAUCGUGCUAGCUUACCAGAGGACAUAACGAAGUUGAAGAAGAUCACGAUUGAAGGAAAUCCUUUAACGUGCGACUGCCAACUAUCCUGGCUGUACGAGGUACCGCAGCUGUACAUGGACUACGACGUCCCGGUCUGCAAUAGUCCACCGCGGCUCGCCGGGGCUCCCUUCCUAAGCAACGAAACAAGGUACAGUCUGGACAUCUGGCUCGAAGACUGCGACGAGAAGUGCACCUGCAAAUGUAUGACGAAAGGCUACGAGGGAUUUAUUAAAGUCGACUGUUCCCAUCGGAACAUGGAGGCAGUGCCACGGAAGUUCCCAGAAGACACGGCCGUCGUAGAUCUUAGCGGGAAUCUCUUGGACACGCUAGACACGUCCUUAGCCGAGGAAGCCCCCGCUGUGCGGAGCUUAAACCUGUCGAAUAAUUUGUACACAGCCCUCGACUGGAAAGCCUUACCGACAAACCUGAGUUACUUGUCCCUACAAAACAACUCUUUCAAGCACUUCCCGUUAAGUAUCGUUGAUAAUCUGAACUUAUCAGGGAUUUGGUUAUCUGGAAAUCCGUGGGACUGCGAUUGCGAGGACUACGCCUUCAGGCAGUGGGCAGAAUCACAUGAAGAUACGAUCAGAGAUGCUCAUGAUGUCAGGUGUGUUGAAGGAGCAAAUACCCAACUAUCAUCGAGGUUGUUUAUGGACUUGGAGCAGAAGGACCUUUGCCCAUUCAAGACAUCAGGAUUCGUGACCUACGGAGUGCCUUUGCUAGUCAUAAUCCCCGUGUCCUUGGCGCUCGCCACGAUAUACCUGAAGCGCAAGAAACAAAUCAAGAUCUGGCUUUACGCCCACGGUGUUCGAUGGGUUAAAGAGGACGACCUGGACAAAGACAAAACGUUCGACGUCUUCCUCUCCUUCAGCAGCAAGGACUCCGACUGGGCGUAUGCCCAUCUGUUACCUGGUCUCGAAGAAUCCGGGUUCUCUGUCUGCACUUACGACCGCAACUUCAAAGGUGGCUUUCUCCUGCAAGACAUCAUUCAAGAGGCCGUGGCAUGUUCCCGUCGCACGCUCUUGCUGCUUACACAAAAUUUCGUGGAAAGCGAAUGGUGCCGCUGGGAGUUCCGAGUUGCUCAUCGUACUUCCCUCCAGGACAAGCUCAACCGCCUUAUCAUCGUCGUCCCUGAAAAUGUUCCGGAAGAUAUCGACAGUGACCUCGCCCUGUACAUGAAGACCACCAACUAUCUCUCCUGGAGAGAAAAACACUUUUGGGAUAAGUUGCGGUAUUCAUUACCGAAGAAAGACAUCGAACGCGAUACCACUCCUGUUCCUGGAGCAAUGCGGCUUUCUACAAUAUACAAGAACCAUGCUCAGCGGUGACACUGUGGCGUGCUGGUUUUGAGUUCGUACUGCACCUGUUCGAGCAGCCGCGUAUCGGUACAAUAAUGAGUGAGCUGGUCUAGUGAUCCUGGUACCGAGGAUACCUUGUAGCUGGGAGCCUGUGAUUGGGACAGGAUCUGGCACAUUGUGACGUGAAAGGCGAAAACCAGGCCAACAGGGACAAGCACACGUGGCAGCUGGCUGACCAUGUCACGUCGGGAAUGGAAGGCUCCAGUGUUCGAAUUCCGGUGCCGCCUGUGUGGUGCCGGUUUGUUCUUUUUGCUGGGUUUGCCGACAUAUGUCGGCACAGUUCCCUUAGAAGUCGACCCAGGACGCACAUUCCUCCAGAGCGUUAGUCGGCAACUGCGAGCUCUUUCAUUCGCAGCCCACCACAAUCACCUGACCACAUUUCACACGAAUCACACGAAUACCACACUCUAAAAACAGAACUGCACCGUAUAGCACACUGAUGGCCAACCAUUGCAAAGUAUGAUACAUAUUCCUCAUCGUUAUCAAGCGCAUAGUUGAUCUUGAUUGCUGAGUCCGAGCUUUGAUUGCUCAUUAGCUAUCGCUCAAUUUUUUGGCGACGAUGACGCAAACGAAACACCGAAGCUGUAAGGUUUCUAUACUUCGACUUCCCCAAGUUCCGAACAUUUUCUGUCCAGAUUACUCUAAAAACUCAACUUCACCGCAUAGCACGCUCUGCGCCAACCAUU